GAGCAGUACACUCUUGCACUCUCUGUGCAACCUGAAUCAGAUCGAAGGGAAGCAAAGAUGGCGCUUGCCUCGCGAAUAGUAGGGAAAACCCUCGGUGGUGUCUCAGGAGGAAGAUGCAUGUCUUCAAGCGCAAAGGUGUGGAUAGACCAGAACACCAAGGUCAUCGUACAGGGCUUCACCGGGAAACAAGGCACCUUUCACGCCGAACAGGCUAUCGAGUACGGCUCCCAGUACGUCGGCGGCGUGACCCCUAAGAAGGGUGGCCAGACCCACCUGGGCAAACCGGUGUUCAACACCGUAGCGGAGGCCAAGGAGGGCGUCAAACCCGACGCUUCCGUGGUGUACGUGCCACCACCGUUCGCAGGUGCUGCCGUGCUUGAUGCCAUCGAGAAUGAGAUCCCAUUGGUGGUGUGCAUCACGGAGGGCAUCCCACAGAAGGACAUGGCGAAGGUCAAGCACGCUCUCAGGCAGCAAACCGCGACGCGUCUCAUUGGUCCUAACUGCCCGGGCAUCAUCAAGCCUGGAGAGUGUAAAAUCGGAAUCAUGCCUGGCUACAUCCACAAAAAGGGGAAAAUCGGCAUUGUCUCAAGGAGCGGCACCUUGACGUACGAGGCCGUGUGGCAAACCACCGUAACUGGCAUGGGCCAAAGCACCUGUGUGGGUAUCGGGGGCGACCCGUUCAAUGGUACUAACUUCAUCGAUUGCCUCGAAAGGUUCACCAAGGACCCAGAAACAGAGGGCAUCGUCAUGAUCGGGGAGAUCGGAGGCCAGGCGGAGGAGGAUGCGGCCGAGUGGCUGAUGGAGCACGGGGAUCCUGCUAAGCCUGUAGUGAGCUUUAUUGCUGGCUCCACGGCUCCCCCGGGGAGGCGCAUGGGGCAUGCGGGCGCUAUUAUCUCAGGCGGCAAGGGCACGGCUGCCGCCAAGUUCGCGGCUCUGGAAGACGCCGGGGUGUAUAUCUCUAGGUCUCCUGCACAGCUCGGGUCCACCAUGGUACGCGCCUUCGAGGAACGAGGCAUGACCAUCUAGCGAGUUAGACAGCAGCAGCUGGCCACGCAGGGAUUGAUUGAGCUUUUAUAUCGAGGGCUAUGGUCAAGAGUAUGUUCGUGGACCGUCGACAGGGCGCUGUCAUAAAUGUGUAGUCUCGAGAGCUUAGCCCACUUGCAGUGGUUGGAUUGUAGGCAAGGUUGAAUGCUGAAGGCCGCUGAAUUUUGAAUGGGAUUUGACUGGCAGCAACCUGUUUGAUCAAAGUGGAUCAAUGGUGAAAGUUUCCAACCGAGUUAGUUCAUGGUGGAUAAUUGCGAGGAAUUUUCUGUAACUCGAUUGAGUUAACGUGUGGGCACGAUCAAUAUAUUUUGUGAGGCGCCACCGUAUCGAGUACGGCCUGCCCGGGUACACGAGUAACCGAUGCUGAUGAAUGGUGUACCCGGAAGGAGUCAAUUUUCUACCCAG